AUGAGUGCUUCAACUAAAACCUCUAAAAUUACACAAUCUUCUGUACUUAUUUGUGAUGGACUUCCUGUAGGAAUUCCUGUUGCUUCAGUUCCUAAAUUAACGUUAUUCUUAAAAAGAAUGGUAUUAGUAAAGAAUGGAGCAGAAUUAUCAGACCAACCAAAUAAUGUACAAGUUUUUGUUGAUGAAACAAGUCAAAAAACUACAGGAAUUGGGUUUAUUGAUUUUAAAGAUGAUGAAGCAGCAAUUAAAUUUAAAACAAGAUUUGUUGAAUUGAAAUUCGAUAAUAAAAACACAUUAAAAUUUUAUACUAAAAAAGAGAUUGAUGAAAUCUUAAAAGAAAAUGAUGAAUAUACACCAUUAGUCUUUCAUCCAAUUGAAGUUACUGAUUUUAAAGGAUGGCUUAAAGAAGAUAAAUACACUGAAGGAAGUGAAUGUGUUGCAACAUUCCAAUAUGGAAAGACUGUUUCAUUAGGAUGGUAUAAUCCAAGCAUUCCAAAAGAAAUAACAAUGCAAGAAGAACAACCAUUUAUAUCAUCUAAUUGUUCAUUUUCACCAUCAGGUACAUUUUUAUAUUCAAUUACUGAACAUGGAUUAAUUGUAGUUCAACCGGACUGUAAAAAGAAAUUCCAAUUCCCACAUCCAGGAUUAACACAUGUUACUAUUUCACCACAUGAUACAUUUAUUGCUACAUACUCAGCUACUGCACCUUUUAAUAGACAUAUUAUUGUUUGGGAUAGAAGAUUUACAAAAGGUAUUAAAUUCUUUGAUUUAAAAGCAAAUAGUUUAAAAAGAAUGACAGAAACAUUAAAAAAAGAAAAAACUUUAACACCAAUUGGUCAAGACUUUGUUCAAUUUAGUUAUAAUGAAAAAUAUUUAGCCAGAAUUAGUGAAGUUGAUUCUAAUUCAAUUGAAAUAUAUACUACACCAACAAUUCAAUUAUUAAGUAAUAAAUUAGUUACAUUUGAAAGUUCAAUUAAUAAAAUUAGUUGGAGUCCUAAAGCAAAUAUUAUUGUUGCAUAUCAUGAACCACUUCAAAAAACUAAUGAACAAGCACAUUUCUACUUUUAUGAUGUUGAUAAACAAGAAAUUAUUUUUAAACAUAAAGUAUUUUCAUUAAAAGGAGCAGAGUUUGGAUGGCAUUCAUCAGGAAAGAAAUUAGUUGUUCAAUGCAAUAAAAAUAAGAAAACAGCUGUUUUAGUAUUUACAUUAGAUAAAACAAUUACUGCAUCUAUGAAUGAAUUAAAUGCUACACCUCAUUUUAUGAGUGUUAAUCCAAUAAAAAUGCAAUUUGGUAUUAUGGCAUAUCAACAUAGUAAGAAAGGAGAUUCAUUAUUCCCAACAUUACAUAUUUAUGAUAUUAGUAGUAAUGAAACUAAAUUAAUUUCUUCACUUCCUAAUAUUGAAGCUAAGUCAUUCUCUUAUUCACCAAAUGGGCAAUUUAUGGUAGUGAGUGGAAUUAGUACAUCAGAACCAUACUUAUAUUUCUACAACACAGACAGAAUGAAAUUAUACAAAAAAGUUCCAAUUGAAAAUAUGAGUUAUAUUUGUUGGGAUCCAAUGGGAUUAUUCCUUGGUGCAGUACGUUCAUAUCUUUAUUCUCCACAUGCAAAGAAUGGAUUUAUGUUAUAUGACUGUUUUGGAAAUUUACAAUUUGAAACAUAUAAAACUAAUUUUGCUGGAUUAUUAUGGAGACCACAACCAACAAAUAUUAUUAAACCAGAAAUGGCUAAAGAAGUUGAAAGUAAAUUCAAUGAAUGUUUAAAAACAAUGAAAGAAGAAGAUGAACGAAAGAAAGAACAAAUUGAAUUAGAAAAGAAACAAAGAGCUGAUGAAUUAAUGAAAAGAUUUAGAAGUGUUGUUCAAAAGAAUGCUCAAUUAUCUGCUAAAGAACAUUUAAGAGCUUAUGAUUCUGGAAUGAAAAUUAUUGUUGAAGAAAUUAAACAAAAGAAAGAGUCUAAUGAAGAAGUAAAAGAAAAUAUAACAGAAACUCAGUAA